AUGAGGAUUCACGAAUGUGUUGCAGUCAUCACUGGUGGAGGGAAUCCAGACCGAUUAGCUCUUGGGUCUACUGGGGAAUCUGCCACUGAUGCUGAUAACAACAAACACUUAAGUUCUUCAUUCUGUUCACCUGACAGUUCAAGCCUCCAGCAUAAACAGCCCAAGAAAUUGUCUGGUAACAAUGAUUGGUUUCAGAGUCCCCGGAUUCCUAGCUUUGCUCAAAUGUUGAAAAAGAACCUGCCACUUCAACCUUCUUCAACAACAGUGACUCCUCCAGGAUAUUCAUCAUCAGAGGAUUACAGUGUGUCAAAUUUAGCUUCUAAGGUUACACAAGUCACAGGUAACUUUCCAGAACCACUGCUUUCCAAAGUAAUCUUACCUAAUCCAAAUAAUGUCCUUCCUCCAAAGAAGAUUCCCAAGGAGUUCAUUAUGAAGUAUAAACGUGGAGAGAUAAAUCCAGUGUCAGCCCUGCAUCAGUUUGCACAAAUGCAGCGUGUGCAACUUGACCUUAAGGAAACUGUAACAACAGGUAAUGUUAUGGGUCCUUAUUUUGCCUUCUGUGCUGUGGUGGAUGGUAUUCAAUAUAAAACUGGAUUGGGACAAAAUAAAAAGGAGUCAAGAUCCAAUGCUGCCAAGCUAGCCCUCGAUGAGCUUUUGCAGUUGGAUGAUCCUGAACCAAGGAAUGUAGACACCUCAGGUUCUCCUCUCAUCCCUGCAGAGCCUAUCAUUUCAGCUGAAUCAAAUUAUAUUUCCAAGGUGCAUUACGGUAGGAAAGUCCUUAUUUUCUUGUUUGGUACCACCUGUGCCACCUAA